UCUCAGCUCUCCGUCUCUCUUUCUCUCUCAGCCUCUGUCUUUCUCCCUGUCUCCCCCACUGUCAGCACCUCUUCUGUGUGGUGAGUGGACCGCUCACCCCACUAGGUGAAGAUGUCGGCCCAGGAGAGCUGCCUCAGCCUCAUCAAGUCCUGGGCAGCCUGAUCUUCUGCUUUGGCAUCUGGAUCCUCAUCGACAAGACCAGCUUCGUGUCCUUUGUGGGUGAGGGGGGCUGGGGCAGGUGGAAGGGCCUCCCCCAACCCAAGCAACUUCCUGGGGUCUCCCUUGUCUCAGGGAGACCCACAGUGCCCUACUCUGCAGGCAGGCCACAGGCUCCCAUCCACUGCUCACGGGAGGCUUCUUGGAGCCUGAGUCUUCUUCCGGCAAAUGGGGUUGUGCAUACAAACAAUGAUCAUGAGAGCCAUUUCUCAAGCACUUCCUAUCUGUGGGGCCUUGUGGCUGGUCAGAUGCCCCCACAAACCUUCCCCUCUCUUGAGGUUCAGAGAGGGGAAGUCUCUUGAUGGAUGUCAUACAGCAAGGAAGUAAAAGAGCCAAAAUAACAUUAAUAAUAGGAAAAUAAUAAUGAAGUAGGACCCUAAAUCAUAAUGAAAUAUGACCCUAAACGCUCAUAUUUAAGAAGUCUUUGUCCUGUAUUGAGGACUGGGUUGAACACAUGUCCCCAUGUGUCCCUCAGAAUGACCCUAGGGACGGUGCGUGGUGGAUCACACCUGUAAUUCCAGCACUUUGGGAAGCCGAGGCAGGUGGAUCACUUGAGGUCAGGAGUUCGAGAAUAGCCUGGCCAACAUGGUGAAACCCUGUCUCUAUUCAAAAAUACAAAACGUUAGCCAGGCAUGGUGGAGCAUGCCUGUAGUCCCAGCUACUAGGGAGGCUGAGGCAGGAGAAUCACUUGAACCUGGGAGGCAGAGGUUGCAGUGAGCCGAGAUCACAUCGCUGCACUCCAGCCUGGGGUACAGAGCAAGGCUCUGUCUCAAAAAAAAAAAAAAAAAAAAAAAAAAAAAACCCUAAGAAAUAGAUACCAUCCCCUAGGCCUCAGGGAGGGUUAAGGAGCCAAGCCAAUGUCACAGAACAAGAGAUAGGGCUGAAAUUACUGGGGAUGAGGAAGAGCUGAAGGAGGAAGGAGAGGGUGAGAGGAAGAGAGACAGAGAUCCAGGGACGGGAAACAGAGACCCAGAAAGAAGAGAAAGUUUCAGAAGGAGACAGGGACUCAGGGUGGGGCAGGGAUAGAGUCCCAGAGAGAAGGGCACCAGGAUACUGCUCCCCACUUGAGCGGCUGCCUAGGUGGGAAAUGGGACUUCCUGGAGCUGUGCCACCUGGCUCAUCAUCGCUCCCCUCACCUCUCCCAGGCUUGGCCUUCGUGCCUCUGCAGAUCUGGUCCAAAGUCCUGGCCAUCUCGGGAAUCUUCACCAUGGGCAUCGCCCUCCUGGGUUGUGUGGGGGCUCUCAAGGAGCUCCGCUGCCUCCUGGGCCUGUAUUUUGGGAUGCUGCUGCUCCUGUUUGCCACACAGAUCACCCUGGGAAUCCUCAUCGCCACUCAGCGGGCCCAGCUGGAGCGAAGCUUGCAGGACGUCGUAGAGAAAACCAUCCAAAAGUACGGCACCAACCCCGAGGAGACCGCGGCCGAGGAGAGCUGGGACUAUGUGCAGUUCCAGCUGCGCUGCUGCGGCUGGCACUCCCCGCAAGACUGGUUCCAGGUCCUCAUCCUGAGAGGUAACGGGUCGGAGGCGCACCGCGUACCCUGCUCCUGCUACAACUUGUCGGCGACCAACGACUCCACAAUCCUAGAUAAGGUGAUCUUGCCCCAGCUCGGCAGGCUUGGACAGCUGGCGCGGUCCAGACACAGUACAGACAUCUGCGCGGUCCCUGCAAAGAGCCACAUCUACCGCGAGGGCUGCGCGCAGAGCCUCCGGAAGUGGCUGCACAACAACCUGAUUUCCAUAAUGGGCAUUUGCCUGGGCGUCGGCCUACUCGAGGUGAUCUGGCCCCGCCCCCACCCGCGAUCGGCCCUAAAUCCCUAGAUGGCCCUGCCCUUCACUUCGCGUCCUUCGGUUGCCUGGGAAGCAAGCGCUCGGGGCGGAGCGCAGCCCACCCCAGCCCUCCCGCCGCUCCACCCAGCACCGGGGGGUGGGGGCCGCCUAGCUUCAGGGAGCCCUGAUUGGGUGUACGCAGGGAAAACCUCCUGCUAUUGGCUGCGAUCUCCCUCCCCUUUCCCCACAGAUAACUGUCAUGGUGCUGAGCUUGCAGCUACAGCGCAGGGCACUCCGCCGGAAAUGCGAGCCGCACAUGCCGGGCGCUGGGGGUUCGAGCCCCGGGCCCAGCCUGAUCGCUGACGGCGGCGGCGGGCGCAGCGGCAGUCUGUGGGGUGGCUGGGGCAUGGCGGGUGCCUGCCCCAACUGGGGGGACAAGGCACCGCAAGGCAAGCUGCCCGUGGCCCUGGGGCUCUGGCCGCUGUGGGUUCAAGACGAGGACCAGCCUUACACUGGGAGUGCGGGCGCAGAAUUAGAGGCCGAGGCAGAAUUAGAGGCUGAGGCAGAGGGGGAGACAGAUGAGCCUCCAAAAUAAAGGACCCUGGGCUUGCUUCCGACCUUACUCCUUCUCAGCCUCUACCCCCACUUGUAGCAGCAGUUCCCGCCUCAUCAGCCAGCCCUGCGGCAGUUCCCGUCGAGCCCCGCCCAUUCUACCUGUCUCCCUUCUCCAGCCCCGUCCCGCCCAAUUCACGGCCCCACCCCUGUCCUUGGAUGCCCGGGUGGGCAUCACCCCCGUCUCGCCAGCACCCCUUCGACUUCUCUGACCUCAUCUCCUUUCUCUAUAGCUCGGGUUCAUGACGCUCUCGAUAUUCCUGUGCAGAAACCUGGACCACGUCUACAACCGGCUCGCUCGAUACCGCUAGGCCCCGCCCUCCCCAAAGUCCCGCCCCGCCCCCGUCACGUGUGCUGGGCACUUCCCUGCUGCCUGUAAAUAUUUGUUUAAUCCCCAGUUCGCCUGGAGCCCUCCGCCUUCACAUUCCCCUGGGGACCCACGUGGCUGCCUGCCCCUGCUGCUGUCACCUCUCCCACGGGACCUGGGGCUUUCGUCCACAGCUUCCUGUCCCCAUCUGUCGGCCUACCACCACCCACAAGAUUAUUUUUCACCCAAACCUCAAAUAAAUCCCCUGCGUUUUUGGUAAAA